AAAGUGCAGUGGUAAUUGAAACCGUCAAAGUCCGUUGCAUACUGAGAGGCAGACGCGACAUGGGAGACGUUCCCCCUGAAGACGCUACGGGAGGAGAAGAGACGCCUUCCAGGGAGCCCUCCCUUUUCGACAAGGCUAGCGUAUCCGCUGGAGGGCAGAUCUAUACGGACACGGAACUAGGACAAUACUUUUAUGGAGGGCGGGGCUAUCUGUCCCAGUAUGGGUGGUACAUUGUCCUGGUGGUGGUGUGUGUGGGGGUCGUGUGGAUGAAACUAGGCCCAGCGGUGAAGGGCUGGUGGGCCAAGAGGAAGCAGAGGGAGGAAGAACUCAACUUUGACCCAGUAAAGGCGGAACAGCACGAGGACGGUCUCCUGCGUGCCCGCGAGAGGAUGCAGAGGUUGCAGGACGAGAGAGCUGCCGAACACCAGCAGAAGGCAGAGGAGAGAUCAGCGGAGGAGAGAGACGAGAAGAUUAAUCAGUGGGAGACAUUUGGUGUCGUCGGCAAAUCCAAGAAAACUAAACCCAGCGCUCCCCCCCCCUCCCGGAGAGACUAUUUCCCCAUGUCAGGUCACGGAGGAGGUGGAGGGUACAGACCUGCCCGACGAAAUGUCGGAGGUGGUGGAUGAGGCUAACUCCACACACAUGCUAUAUACGCUGCAAGCAGUCUCGUUUCUCUGCUGAGCUAGUGUGUGUGUGUGUGUGUGGUGUGUGUGUGUGUGUGUGUAUCGGGCCCCAACAACUGUCAUACAACCCUCAGACAGCAGCAUGGGACAAUGAUGGCAUCUUUGUAAACCAGAUAAUAUGGGAAAGAUGUCUGAUGUUCUUAUUUUCCCGUGCAAUCAAUUUCAAACCACAAUUUUUACUGG